CACACUUGCCUUAUUCAUGUUCAGCACAGCCGAAGAUUCUGUGCAGCGCGUUGAACGCAGGUUUCAAACUCACUCAGAAAAUCAACCAUCUACCUUUAUUUUUGGUGUUGGCUGUGCUGGACUUUGUGAUCAAGCGUAUAACUAACACAAAAUGGCAGUCUUGAACUCCAGGAUAAAUUCCCAAUGUGGUCAAUUCACUUUGAAACGUCAUCUAUGCACUUUGUUUUUUCACCACACUGUGAUCCUACUUCUUCUGACAGAUAUAAGGACAGGUCAGUCUCAAACAGUAACAUCAUCUCAAACAAUAAUCACAGUAGUUGGUGAGGAUGUCAUCUUACCAUGCUACCUUGACUCUGCGUCAGACGCUGUUUCUAAGAGUCUGGAGUGGGGAAGACCUGACCUGGAUCCCAGAUUUGUCCAUGUGUGGUUUGAGGGUCAAGACCAUCUGGUUAAUCAAAACCCAUCUUACAAAGGAAGGACAUCACUGUCCACUGAGAAACUGAAGCAGGGAGACCUUUCACUGAAACUCUCUCGAGUCAAACACUCUGAUAAUGGCAGAUACAGAUGCUUUUUUCCCUCAGAGUCCAAAGAAUCUACCGUUGAACUUCUUGUUGGUUCACUUUCCUUACCUACAGUAGCAGAAGUCAACAUAAACAGGAGUGCAGUCGCUUUACAGUGUAAGUCUGCAGGCUGGUAUCCAGAGCCUGAGUUGCUGUGGAUGGACAGUGAUGGAAACAGCCACUCUGCUGGACCUACAGAGACCCUCAGAGGUCCUGAUGACCUCUAUACUGUCAGCAGCAGAGUGACUGUGGAGAAGAGACACAGAAAUACUGUCAACUGUAUAGUCCAACAAAGGGAUAUCAACCAGAGCACAGAGACACAGAUGCAUGUUUCAGGUGAUUGUGUUGCAGUUCCACCUUCUUCUGCCCUCCGUGUCAGUAUUAUUUUGGCAGUUUUUCUCAUUUGUACUUGUACAACAGUCAUUGUUCUGUGGAUAUGGAGACAAAACAAAAUCAAAGAGAAAAAGAGGCAAACUAAGGAUGAAGCUGAGGAGAAAGAGAAAGAGCAGCUGUUGGCAGAAAACAAGAAGUCUGAAGAACUACAGCAGAAAGAGGAAGAGCUGAAAGACCUGGAGGAGCUGGUUAAAAUACUGAUUGAACAGGAAAACGAACUGAAGAAAGUGAAAAAUGAACUCAAACAACAAAGGGAUAUGGUGGAUGGUGAGGUGAAGGAUAUUGAAAACAAGCUUCAGUCAGUGGAUAAGAACACAGAAAGUGACAGAGCAAAGGGAUACAUGGAUCUGAAAGAAAUAAUAACAAAAAGCAAAAAUAAAUUACUAAAGAAAAAAGCAGCAAAUUCAGAGCUGCAAGCAAACAUUGAAAACCGUCUGCUUAGAACACAGCACAUAUAUGAUAAAAUGACCCAAAGAAAACCGGAAGUCGAGAAACAACUGGCAGAGUUACAGAAACAGAAAGAUGAGAUUAAGAAGACACUUAAUUUAGAGCAAAAUCAGGAAACUUUAAACAUUUAGAAAAAUUCUCAAACCUCAUGUAGAGAGGUUUGAAAAGUACUUCUUGUAUCUGCUGAUGGUGCGUACCGCCAGCCUGUCCUUCCAUGAUGGCUCAUCUCAUCCCCUUCUCCCCUUCUUUCUCAGGUGUCUGCUACCUGAGGUAUUCACUAAGCACAUCAUCUGUUGUGGCCAUCUUCCUGAUGUACUCAUGGAUGUUUGUUGUCUCAUCCUGGACGGUGGUUCUGACACUCAUUAAUGCACGGUCACCUUUCUUUGGUUUAGCGUACAGACUCAGGGUGAUGGAUUUGGGGUGAAUCAGAAUUAGAAUAGUUUAUUAAUCCUUAAUUAAACUGUGUGCGUACACCUUCUCCAAGAUAAUAAGAACAGUAACAGACUGAAAUUAAAUAAUACAAUAUAUAACAAAGUUACAAAAUAUAAGAAAUAGCUCUAAUAUAUGCAAAUAUACAGAUUAUAAAUAUCCAGAACAUUACAGGGAUUAAAUAUGUAUGGUUUUACUCUAAACUGUAAAGUGUAACUGAAACUCUCCAUGCAUGGUAAAGAGCUUCCUUGUCUUGAUGUCAGUGGCUUUUAUCUCUGCCUUUGGCCAGCUUAUUAUCCCACGAGGGUGCCUGAUCACGGGUCAGAUACAGGGUGUAGGUGUUGAUUGCCUGGAUCUUCUUCUUCCUAUUCAGCUGACUCUUCAGGUCUUACCUGACUCUCUGCAGGUAUUUCACUGUUACAGCUUUCCUGGCAGCAUCUUUGAGGUUCCCAUGUGUAUGGGCUCAAAUUGUGGUCAUAAAUAUUUUGUACUUGUUAAUCAGAAUGUGUAGUUGUGAGUUUUGUAACCUUCAAAUGAAAAUAUAUGAAAAUAUGAUGUUUUUGCAUCUAUAAAUUAGAAUUUGUGUGUGUGU